UCCAUUUUCUUUCCAAUGUGUUUUCAUCAUGUCCACAACCUCUCUCUCUCUCUCUCUCGAUUUUGACAAGCACACACAGCACACGUUGAGUUGAGGAGAAAUAUUGGUGGUGGAGUGUGGAGAGGGAAAACUGGAGAGAAAUGAGAAACAAGUAAUACAACACAACAAAGAGAAUGGCUGCUGCAUUCUCACCUUGUUAUAUUCAUAACUGCAAAAUCAAUCAUACUUCACCCCCUUCUGCUCUGCUGCCUCACUCAUUGACUCCAUCUUACAAUUCUCUUGUUUUCCAGGCUGCAAGGCUAUUAGGCCCUCCAGUAAGAUUUGAAGCAUCCAAGCUGAAAGUGCAGUUUGUAGGGGAAGAAGUGAGCAAGCAAACCAGAGUGGUGCCCAGAACCUACACUCUCUCCCACUGUGACUUCACUGCUCAUCUUACUCUAACCAUUUCAAACAUAAUCCCGCGCGAUCAACUCAAAGGCUGGUAUAGUAAAGACGACGUUGUUGCUGAAUGGACUAACGUCAAUGGUGAACUGUUCCUCAACAUUCACUGCUAUGUCAGUGGACCAAACCCUUUAUCCGCCAUGGCUGCAGAGUUAAGAUACCUAAUAUUCUCCAAGGAAUUGCCAUUGGUUCUUGAGGCCGUCUUGUAUGGAGACACGGAGUUUUUCAGAGAGCAUCAGCAACUGAUGGAUGCUUUAGUGAGAGUGUAUUUUCACUCUAGCUCCAACAAGUAUAACCGUAUGGAGUGUUGGGGGCCGUUGAAGGACGCCGCUCUGGGAAAGGGAGUAGAUAUGAUAAAUGGCUACUCAUAUGCAAGCAAGGAAACGUCACGUGCUCCCAAGUUCUGGGGGAGCCCGAAGUCGAUCUUUCAAGCACUCGUCACCUUCCUGCUGUAGAGAAGAAGAAGAAGAAGAAGAAGAAGAAGAAGAGCCAUGAGGUUUCGCGACAUACAAUUGGAUGACGAGUCGAGUUUCAUACUAGCAAGAGUUGUUUUCAAAGGUCAUUUGAUUCUUCUGUAUGUAACUUAUUCAGGUGAUUUCUUGACUGUCAAUUCAUGUUCAAAGAAGAUUAUUUCCUCAUUUUAA